CCCGCCCCCUUCCUCGCUUCUUCCUGCCGGACAGUCCCCUUCCCUCCCCUCCUCUCCCCGCCCGGCUCCCUCAGCCCUCUCAGGGCUCUGUCGGCGGCGGAGUGAACGGGACUGGCCCGCUGCAGAGCGAGGGCGGCGGUGGGACACCGGCGCCCGGCAGAGUUGUUGUUUCGGCAGCGCCCGCGGAGACGUGAGGAAGUGAGUCCCUUGUUUUGGCAGGUGAAUGUGGGAGAGAGAAGUUUGCAGAGCUGAAAUGGAGGUCGGAGCUUCAUUACAGAAGGUUAGUGGGUCAUCUGAUUCUGUGGCUGCAGUGAACAGUGAAGAAUUUGUUUUGGUUCCUCAGCAUGCAGAUGAUACUUCUACAAAAGAUGAUGAAAAACCUCAACUCAAGAUAGUUUCUAAUGGAGAUGAGCAAUUGGAAAAAGCCAUGGAAGAAAUUCUGAGAGAUUCUGAGAAAGGGCAAAGCAGUCUUCUUGUUGAUUGUCAGAGUUCCAGUGAGAUAUCAGACCGUUUCCUUGGAGAUGUUCCAGCCAGCCAAAUACAUAAGCCAUCUCUUCAGUUAAUUUUGGACCCAUCUAAUACAGAAAUUUCCACACCCAGACCGUCUUCUCCAAGUGGAAUACCUGAAGAAGAUAGUGUUUUAUUUAAUAAACUGACCUACUUAGGAUGUAUGAAAGUUUCUUCUCCAAGGAAUGAAGUGGAAGCUUUACGGGCAAUGGCAGCCAUGAGAUCUUCUAGUCAGAACCCCUUUCCUGUUACUCUGUAUGUGCCAAAUGUUCCAGAAGGUUCUGUGAGAAUCAUUGACCAAUCCAGAAAUAUGGAGAUAGCAUCUUUUCCAAUCUAUAAGGUCUUAUUCUGUGCACGUGGACAUGAUGGGACAACAGAGAGCAAUUGCUUUGCUUUUACAGAGAGCUCCCUUGGAUCAGAAGAAUUUCAGAUACAUGUUUUCUCCUGUGAAAUUAAAGAGGCAGUAAGCAGAAUUUUAUAUAGUUUCUGUACGGCAUUUAAACGUUCUUCCAGACAAGUGUCUGAUGUUAAGGACUUGAUUAUUCCUACCCCCGACAGUGAUGUGUUUACCUUCAGUGUUUCUCUGGAGGUAAAAGAAGAUGAUGGAAAAGGAAACUUUAGUCCUGUGCCUAAGGAUAGAGAUAAAUUUUAUUUCAAAUUAAAACAAGGAAUAGAGAAGAAGGUUGUGAUCACAGUGCAACAACUUUCUAACAAAGAAUUAGCUAUUGAAAGAUGUUUUGGAAUGUUAUUAAGCCCAGGUCGAAACGUGAAGAACAGUGACAUGCAUUUACUGGAUAUGGAAUCCAUGGGAAAGAGUUAUGAUGGGAGAGCCUAUGUUAUUACUGGCAUGUGGGACCCUAAUGCACCAAUAUUUCUAGCACUUAAUGAAGAAACACCAAAAGAUAAACGAGUGUACAUGACUGUGGCAGUGGAUAUGGUAGUCACGGAGGUGGUAGAGCCUGUCCGCUUUCUCCUGGAGACAGUAGUUCGUGUGUACCCUGCAAAUGAGCGAUUUUGGUAUUUCAGCAGAAAGACUUUCACAGAGACUUUCUUCAUGAGAUUAAAACAGUCUGAGGGAAAAGGCCACGCCAAUGCUGGAGAUGCAAUAUAUGAGGUGGUGAGUCUACAGCGAGAGUCUGACAAGGAGGAACCAGUUACUCCUACUAGUGGAGGGGGUCCACUGUCACCUCAAGAGGAUGAAGCAGAAGAAGAGAGUGAUAAUGAACUCUCAAGUGGAACAGGUGAUGUGUCUAAAGAUUGUCCUGAGAAAAUCCUAUAUUCUUGGGGAGAAUUGCUAGGAAGAUGGCACAGUAACCUUGGUGCACGACCGAAAGGGCUAUCCACCUUGGUAAAGAGUGGUGUUCCCGAAGCAUUGAGGGCCGAAGUAUGGCAGUUAUUAGCAGGCUGCCAUGACAACCAGGCAAUGCUGGAUAGAUACCGAAUUCUUAUCACAAAGGACUCAUCCCAGGAAAGUGUUAUUACACGAGAUAUUCAUCGUACAUUUCCUGCACAUGAUUACUUCAAAGACACAGGAGGAGAUGGUCAGGAAUCACUCUACAAGAUCUGUAAGGCAUAUUCUGUGUAUGAUGAAGACAUUGGGUACUGUCAAGGACAGUCUUUUCUUGCUGCUGUAUUGCUGUUGCAUAUGCCAGAGGAACAAGCAUUCUGUGUUUUGGUGAAAAUCAUGUAUGACUAUGGUUUGCAAGACCUCUACAAAAAUAACUUUGAAGAUCUUCAUUGCAAAUUCUAUCAGCUGGAGAGACUAAUGCAGGAACAGCUACCAGAUCUGCACAGCCAUUUUUGUGAUCUGAACCUGGAAGCUCAUAUGUAUGCAUCCCAGUGGUUCCUCACUCUCUUUACUGCCAAGUUCCCACUCUGCAUGGUGUUCCACAUCAUUGACUUGCUGCUUUGUGAGGGAUUGAACAUUAUCUUUCAUGUAGCCUUGGCUCUCCUAAAGACCUCCAAGGAAGAUCUUCUACAAGCUGAUUUUGAAGGUGCUUUAAAGUUCUUCAGAGUUCAGCUUCCAAAGAGAUACAGGGCAGAGGAAAAUGCAAGAAGAUUGAUGGAGCAGGCUUGCAAUAUUAAAGUACCAACUAAAAAGCUGAAGAAAUAUGAAAAAGAAUAUCAGACAAUGCGGGAGAGCCAGCUGCAACAGGAAGACCCAAUGGAUAGAUACAAGAGGGAGAACAGAAGAUUACAGGAGGCCAGCAUGAGAUUGGAGCAAGAGAAUGAUGACCUUGCUCAUGAGCUCGUAACCAGCAAGAUUGCUCUGCGGAAUGACUUGGAUCAGGCAGAAGACAAGGCGGAUGUGCUGAAUAAGGAGCUCCUCUUGACCAAGCAGAGGCUGGUGGAGACUGAGGAGGAGAAGAGGAAGCAGGAAGAAGAGACUGCCCAGUUAAAAGAAGUCUUUAGGAAACAGCUAGAGAAAGCAGAAUAUGAAAUAAAAAAGACUACAGCUAUCAUUGCUGAAUAUAAACAGAUCUGUUCCCAGUUAAGUACCAGGCUGGAGAAACAGCAAGCAGCCAGCAAAGAGGAGCUGGAAGUAGUGAAGGGUAAAAUGAUGGCAUGCAAACACUGCAGUGACAUUUUCAGCAAGGAAGGUGCUUUGAAACUAGCAGCCAUAAGCAGAGAGGACCAGGGAAUUGAAGCAGAUGAUGAGAAGGAUUCACUCAAGAAGCAGCUGAGGGAGAUGGAGCUGGAACUGGCACAAACUAAACUACAGCUGGUAGAGGCCAAGUGUAAAAUCCAGGAAAUUGAACAUCAGCGAGGAGCCCUUAUGAAUGAAAUCCAAGCUGCAAAAAACUCUUGGUUUAGCAAAACCCUGAACUCUAUUAAAACAGCCACGGGCACGCAGCCACUGCAGCCACCACAGGCUCCCCAGCCACCCAAGGAGAGCACAUAGUUCCACCUCACUCAAGCACAAGAGCACACUGAUCAAAGCAGUGAAAACCUAGGAUUCUUCCUGGGGUCCUUUGAAGGAGGCCAGAAAGCAAACCAGAAUCUUCCAGUAGCUCUCUCUUCUAUGACUCUUUUCAAAGGGAUGUUAUUUAAAUUGACCUGAUUUAUGUUGAAUACCUGUUUUCCAGCUUCUUCAGUGGAAGGCCAUGUUCAGAUCCAUCAUAGUAUUGCACAUUAUUUUAUAUGCCUGAUAUUUAGUUGGAAAUAACUAAUUCAGACCUAAAUGCUUUUUAUUUAGAAGUAAUAAUUCCUAAUUUUAUCUUACAUAAAAAUGGAGAUAUCUGUUAUUCUAAGGUUGAAAAGAUAAGACCUGUGUCAUGGAAAAAAAUUUUUUUUGAAACUGAACUUUAAAUUUCCAGCAUUUUUUCAGACAAAGCACAGUGUGGGGCUGGUCAUGACCACUGUCAGGUUUCAUCCUGAAAUUGAUUCCCAGGGUAGCAACACUCCUGUCCCAAGGAAAAAACAGACAGGGACUAAAAAGUCCCCAAAGAAAUUUUGGGUUAUUUUCAUUUUAUGUCAGGUACGUCUAGAAACAAAGUGCCAAGAACUGUGGAAUAGAUGAGAUACGGAGAAUACAUACUAUGUAAACAGAACUGAGAUUUUGAUAAACACACAAUAAAAUCAUUUUAGCUCUGGUAUUCUAGCAGAUCUUUUUAAGAACUCCGCAUGGGACUUGCAAGUUCCUAGUAUCCUGUGUAUAAACACAGAUCUGACUUCUGGAAAAUGCAGAGUGAAAGGUGGGUACUGUGAGUUGCAGACCUGGAACCUGCUCCACAGAAGUCUGGCAAGGCCCAGGUUCAGCCAUUGUGCUACAAGUGUGGAAUACAUGCUAGUGAACCAGUGACAAGUAAUUUCAACUGAUGUUGGCAUACUUGCUAAGGAAACACUAAUAUUUUGUAACUUUGUUAAAAGAUAUAGUAUUGAAAUGGAAAUUGAGGUCACCUUCGUAUCAUUUUAGUUUAAUGUUAGGGAACUUUCCCUGAUCUCUAUAGCACCCUAAAAAUAUGCCCUUUACGCGUAGGUGAAGAGACACAAAUGCAUUUCUAACUAUCUUUGAAUUUAAAACCUGUAUAGAACUACUUAUCCCCAUGAGAAAGUGAGGCUAUUGUUUAAGAAUUGGUGGAAAUAUUUUUUAAAUUACAUUUAACUUGCCUAUAAAAAUAGUCCUUGCAGGAAAUUCUUUGGUAAGGGCAAAACUAACUUUCCCAUUUAUAAGCUGUUCUAAAGAUAUCUGGUCCUUUCCCACCAACCAAACUACUUUAGUUAUUACAGUAGCACUUAUUAAUACUCAUUCUUGGCUUAUUGGUGAAUGUAUUGUUUGCAAAGGUUCUAAACUCUAGUGGCAGAAUGGUUCUGUGUGCCGUAAGUUGCAAUUAUAACACACCCUUAAGAGUUAGGAUCAUUAAGAGCCUUUGUAACCCCAAGAGCAUACACUACAAGUUGCUCAUGAUAGAUCCUUUCCUCUAAAUUAUCUUUAAGUUCUAAAAAGUGAAAUCCCUUUUAUCUGUUUCUAUAAUGUCUACAGUCCAUAAAACUGAUAAGGUUUUUUUGGUAUAUGUGUUAGACUUUCAAAAUACUUUUCUUACAGAAAUCUUUUGUUAUUGUUCUGAUAUUUUUCAUCAUAAAUUCAUUCCUUUUUACCAAAUAGAAAAAAUGCAGCAUUCCAAGUAUCUGUAUUGUCUUUAACAUUCCCUACAUGGUGGUUUAGAUCAGCUGAUAAUUUUUUUGUAAUAUAUAAUGGCUAGAAAAUUAUAUUGUGACAUUUGUUUCUAUAAAUCCUUUACUAUAGUAUGUUAACUUUACUGGUAUUUUAUGCUUUGACUUCAAGAAGCCUUGUAAAAAUUGCCUUUUCAAAUGGUGAGCGAAAUUAAAAAUACAUUUUUUGUGUUGUGAACCUCAUAGUACCACAAAGAGCCCCUUUUGAUUUCUCAAAUUCCACAAGAUGCCUAGUUACAUAAUUUUCCUUAAAUCAUAGUUGAAGGAGAAAUAUAAUGGCUCCAGGUCAAGUCCUUAUCUAUAGAUUUGGUUCAGUUUAUAGUCCCUUUUCUUUUUUUCUUUAAAGAAAACCACCAGGGGCAUACAUUCCAAAAGUUUGAUAUCUUUUGAGUUUUAUUUUAACUUCUACAAAAGAUUAUAAGGGCAAAAUGCAGUUUUUUUCUUUAACCCUGUAUCAUAUUUAUGUAUAUUGGUACCGUUAGUCUAAAUUUUCCCUCACUGCAAUGCCUUUGAGUCAGCAGCAGUAGUACAGAUUGAAAAUGAAAAUGAAAAUGUGGUAUGUGAUAUGAAUGUUCAUACAGUAUGUUGUAACAGCACUAUUCCAAAUGAUAUCCUCUGAUGUCUACUGUUUGAAAACUCAUGCAUCCCAACACAAAGCAAUUAACAGUGGCCCUUUGACUUACAAACUCAAUCGUUCCUGAGGGCGGGUUGUAACUCAAGUUGGUUGUAAGUCAAUACAGCUGAAAUCUGGAUGUCUACCUAGUUACUCACUAUAGAUAAGACUAUACAUAAGAGGCAGAUGAUUCUUCCAUUAACCUAAUUGUUCGUAUAUCAGGCCAGUCAUAACUUGAGGGUCCACUGUACUAGUUUUAAUUUUACUCAUUUUGAGACAUAUUUGAGAAUUGCAACUCUGCCCUUGAAUUUCUUUUAGAAAGAGAUCGAUCAGCCAAAUAUCCAGAUUUCCAAACAUUCCAGUGAUUCUCAUCCUUUUCCUAGGAUGUACACUAUAUAAAACAUUCCUCCAAAUAUCCAAUAUUUGGAUCACUUCUCUUUUCAUUAUAUCCUGUAAAAUAAAGUGAAUACAAUUCAGCUUUAUUCAGUAAUUCAGUUCAUUAGCUUUUGUAUCUUGAGAAUCUUAUUUAACACAUUCUUUCAAAGCUGAAAGAAACCAAGCUGAAUUUCACAGUACAUAUGUUUGCUAGCUUCCCACAUCACAAUUUGGUUAUAUUUAGGCACAUAUAAUUUAAUGCAAAGAAGUCCUCAGUUACCUAAUGUAAUGUAUAUGAAUGGCUAUCAGAAACAUUAGUAGAAAUGUCAUACAGGCCAAUGAUCUAUGUAUCUAUACAAUGAAGAUCUCUCUUCUCUCCUAGCUAUUAAUAAUUUCUUCUUCAUUGGGUUUCUUAAAUUUUCUUGGUCAAGUACAAAACUAACCUUUGUACUGAUGUUGGGAUAUUUAAUAGUAUUUAUCUUGUUUCAUUUUUAAAAAAUGUUCAUCCUUUCCUACUGUACAUUAAUAUUUAUUUUUCUCCAACCUCUACUCCAUGUUCCUCAAGUAUUUUCCAGUUAAUAACUAGUGGCUUAAUUUCAUAGCUGAAAUGAGGAAACCAAGACAAUACAGAGGUACAGGCACAGGAGGUAAGAGUUAGAUCCUUAAAGGAGUCAGUCACCUAGGAUAAGAAUCACAUGCAUGACUAAUGUAAGGGACUGAGCUUUCCUUUACUGUAGCUGAAAUCAAGUCUACUAUCUCACCAACACUGUGUGUCAAACACUAAAGUGGUUGAUUUUUAGUACUUCUGGUGGAGGUGUAAAAGAACUAAAAAAUACCUUUUUUAAAAAAAAUUUUCUGGGAAAGAACACAAUUAUUUAGCAAGAUGACUGUGUUAUAUAAUUUAUCCUUACAAAAACAUUCUACAAUAGCUCUCUUAUUCCAUUACAAGUAAAUGAAAGACUGAACAAAUUCUGUUGUAUGAUUUGAGCACUUAAGUUUUUGUUUGUGUGUGUGGUAUUUCAUAUAGCAUAUUCCUGUCUCUUUUGUAUACUGAUACCAUGCAGCCAAAUACACGUUGAGAUGUCAAGACACAGUGAUCAAAACCUGAAGGCUAGACCUCAGCUCUGCAGCCUGUGUUUCCAACUACCAGAUAUACGAGUAAAACUCUUAAGUCACCGUGCUUAUGUCACAUUGAGCUGGAACUAUGUGAUAACAUUCUUUCUCUCUGAGAGUGACAUCUAUAAAAUAAAGACAAUGCUCUUUACCUUAAAAACUUCCUUACCACUCAAAAUGUACAGAAACGAUGACUUCAUUGUGGACUGUACCUCAACAGGUGAUGUCAAUCUCGAGUUAUAAGGAGAAAAGUAGAUAUUUAUGGGAUUUUAGUGAUUACAGCCAGCUGUCUGGUGUAUCAGGUUUCCAUCUCAAAGACUAUAUGUCAAGCUUAUCUUUAAAUGAAUUUGCUACCUGCUAUUAAAAAUAUUUUCAAUAUAUCCCAUUCUCCCUAUCUCCAUCCUUGGUUUACCCUUCUGAAAAGUUUUAGAAAAAUGAAUCAUUGAGAAGAAAAUAAACAUUUUAAGUUAUUUUCUUUUUUCACUGGCAACUAGUUAUUAUAAUGUAAAAAAAUUUCCAUAAGCUGUAACUAAUAACUAUAUAUUAUAUAUGGAAUAAAAUAAAGGAAACUGAAUCGUGAGAUUAUAAAUGGCUCAAAAGACUCUGGUAUCAUGAAAGCACAUGAAUAAAGCUGGAGGUGGUCCCAGAAUCCAAGAUUGUCCCAAUAGCCUUUUUCAUCAGUUUCUCUAUUUUUGGUAUUUUGCAUAAUGCAUGGAUACUUAGUUCAAACAAGGGGAAAAGUUUCUCAGUCAACCCCACUUCCUUUCUUCCAACUCCUACCUUUCCCUUGCUGAGGAGGUAGUAGAAAUUCUGUACUGUUUUUAUGAAACUUAUGAUUCUGCCCACAUCUUCUAUAAUUAAAAAAAGGUUACAGAGUAAAGGAGUUGAUUAGUACAAGCAGUGCUAAUUGACUAAAAAAGAAACAAUAGCUAUCACCUCUUCCUCUAUAAACACCAAUUACAUGUUUCCAUAAUUCCAUGUAUUAUGUAUAGUACUCUAUAAAUGUAAAUGUAAUGCUUGUUAAGAAAAGUGCAAUUUAUUGUACAAUGUCCCAACAAAUGUUUACUUUUAUCAUUGUUAUGAACUUGAAUUGGAUUAGUAUCUUGUUUUUAUGUGUGAAUGAAGCCUUGUGAAAUAAACAGAUGCAACCAAGAAGGUAACAAGGUGACUUUUUGUGAGCCAGUGAUGUUUUCAAUGCUUUGUGUUGCCCCUUUGGCCCCAUUAAGCAGUAAUAAACAUUUGUUCUGAAGUCCA